UCGGUGAGCAAAGUCGAAUCGAAAAGUUGGGCUCCCAAAGCCGCGGCCAAUUCACGGUGAAAGACUCGGAAAAAGGAAGAAAAUUUGCACUAUUUUGACAUGUGUCAGGACCGCAGUCCAGUGAACAGUGAACGGAGUUAAACGAAAGGACAACGGCUUCUUUGCAGCGCCGAGAAUUCUGCAGCCCCUCCGCCAGACUAUUCUGGCCUGAUCGCCGCGGUGGUAGCAGAAUUGAAGUGAUGAAUUGUGAAUUCCUGCUGUGUCGAUGAGUAAAAAGCCAAAAGCUAUGGUUCUGAAGAGCUGCUCACAGCACAAGCUACCAACAGUUGAUUAGUGCAACGCUAUUGAACAUUGAAACCAGUGACAAAAGCAUAAGAAGAAAAAUGACUGGACGGCAAGCAAAUGGGCCGAGUGGCACACCGUCGGGCAAGCGGCGGGGCCGACCACCGAAAUCGGCCACCAUGGAGAGGCCGAAAAAGUUUCAGUAUCAUUUAAUGAAAAAACCCAAAUAUCUGUGCAAAGACGGCCAGGAUGGAAGCAGCACUCCGUCGCGAGCAUCGUCCCCGCAAGGCAGCGAGGAAAGCCGGCCAUCUACCUCCCGGAGGGCCGUUGCCACCAAAACAAGAGGCAGAAAAGCAACGCCACGCGGUCGUCCCGCAGGAAGAGGCCGUGGUGGACACAACAGUUCAGUGAGCAAUCGCAAAGCGUAUUCCUACCACGAAUCGGAAUAUCACUAUGGUUCUGAUUUCGGGGACGAAAGCGAUAAAAGCGAUCCGUACGACGAUUCCAUACACUCGGCCAGCGACUCCGAGGACAGUCUUGGUCAAGCAUCGGACAGUGAUUUUUCGAUGCAAAGCUUUGGCGUGGGCACUGGUAUCAGUGCCGGGUGCCUGAAGGAGCCAAGCCCUGAUCCGAUCUGGUUGCAGGAUCGUGAGGUGCCACCGCUGGAGAUUCCCGAAUCAUCAAAAGAUCUUCUGGUACCGAAUGACAUCGUACUGAAGUGUGCAUCCAUUUACGAGAUCAUUCGGCGGUUUCGACAUCUGGUGAGGCUGUCGCCCUUCCGAUUUGAAGACUUCUGUGCCGCUAUUUCGAGCGAAGACCAGAGUGCGCUGUUGACUGAACUGCACAUAAUGCUGCUGAAAGCGAUCUUGCGUGAAGAAGACUCCCAGCAGACGCACUUUGGUCCGUUGGAUCAAAAGGACAGUGUGAACAUUGCGCUCUAUCUCAUGGAUGCCUUCACUUGGCCAGAGAUUCUGCGAAACUAUGUCGAAAGCGAUCCCAACCUGGACCAGGGUGUGCUGAAGAUCCUGGGAACCACCGAAUACCCGUACGUAUCAGCUGAGGAUAGGCUGUAUGUGCUUCAGUUUCUAACGGAUCAGCUUCUCGUAACGAGCUCUGUGCGGGAUGACAUGACACAGGAAGGGCCAAUUCGUUACGACGACCACUGUCGCGUUUGCCACAGGGUGGGCGAUUUGUUGUGCUGUGAAACAUGUCCGGCUGUAUUCCAUCUCGAGUGUGUGGAGCCACCGUUAGUUGACAUACCGAACGGAGAUUGGCAGUGCAAUCUAUGCAAAUCACACAAGGUUACUGGGGUGCUCGAUUGUAUAUCUACCCAGGAAAAGCAAGGCAUGCUUUGCCGGCAGGAGAUGCUCGGAUACGAUCGCAAUGGUCGAAAGUAUUGGUUCCUCCUGCGUCGUUUGUUCGUGGAAAGCGAAGAUGCCUCACAGGUCUGGUACUACAGUACGGUGAAACAGUUUGAGCUACUGAUGUCAAAGCUGGACGGGGACGAGUUUGAAGCGGAUCUGUACGAGCAGCUCAAUGAAAACUACCGAGAUGAGAUCGUGCGGCAAAUGACGCUUACCGAGACGAUCACCAAUCAGCAGAAAGGUAACAAGAAAUCGUACAUUGAGAUGGACAAUCAGCGCAUUGAAAAGCUGCUAGAUCAACUGAGGGGAGGUGGAGAACACGCGGGGACCGCCGACGCUGAAUCUGAUCCAAGUAGAGACCCUGAGGACAAGGAGCUGGAAGAUAGCGAUGGAAUGGAUGAAAAUGGAGAACUGAAGGACACGGAUUCGGCCGAUGCAAAAGAAGGUGACGAUCAAGCACAACAGAAUGGAGGUGGAAGCAAACACGUCACUAGAUCCAAGACGGGCUCACUGACUCCUCGCACAUUCAAUCUGGAUGAUUUGAAAAAGAAAAGUUUGAAGGAUGAGUCUGGCGUCACCACAGCCAACGGUGGAACCGUCGUCGGAGUAACAGCUGAUGGGAUCGAUCGGCUGACUCGCCAGAAAGUAAAUCAGCUGUCCAAUGGUACGCUGUACUUCAAGUUGGGUAUGGAAAACGGAUACAAGAGCUACGUGAAUCAAUAUUCGAUUAAUCCGAUCGCAUUGAACAAACCGCAGCGUAACGAGGAGCGUGAUAAGAAGCGACAUCUUUCACACAAAUUCUCGUUGACCCAGGCGUCAGAAUUCAAAUGGCUCGGUGGAGGUUUGUAUGCCAGUCAACAGCAGAUAGUAACGACCAUCCGACAAACGAUACUAGCGCUGGAGCAAUCGCUGGCGUCACCCUUCAUGCACCAUAAUUGGCAGCGGUUGAGGCGGAUUUGGAUAAAUGCGAUCACUACUAGCACGAAAGCGCAAGAAUUUUCACGCCUGUUGUGCAUCCUCCAGUCGUGUAUGCGCAGUGUCGUGUUUGCUAGCGUUUGGCAUGAGCAGCUUGGCCACACUCGCAUGUACCGCAUUACGUCGGCCGAGCGCGAAGAGAAGAAAAAGCUGGAGAAACGGGAAAAACGCGAACGUGACGAUGAGGAGGAGCGCAAUCGGACGGCAAUCAAUUUCGUCAAGUAUUCGCUUGGAUUAAAGCAUCAGGUGUGGAAACAAAAAGGAGAAGAAUAUCGUAUACAUGGUCAGUGGGAUUGGGUGUGGAUGUCGAACGGUCGCCGGCAGAAAUCGGUCGUCGGUCGCAAAACGAAUGAGACUGUUCAGAUGGUUGUGCCGGUCAUCCAGCCCGAAACAGGCCAGAAGAAGCUACAAAGGUUCGAUUCUCGGACGUACGAAGCCUUGCAGCGUAUCUGUGAUCCAGACGCCGCCAAGCAGCAGAAGGGGUCAGCUGUUGAGUAUCUGACAAAUAUUGAGGCUCUGAAUGCGAAGCUGUUGCCAAAGCUGGAAACCAUCGAACUAGCCACGUUCCCUGUACAGGAAUUUAACACGGAGAUCGAUGUGUCGCAGGCACUGACAUCGCCUCAGGCUCGUAUACUGUAUCCCAAGGUGGCCCGCAAAAGUCCCUUGUUAGAUGGAUUAUUACAGCGGCGUAUAAAUCUUCGUGAUGCGGAAGAGCUACGUAUCAAACAGGCGAAGACAAAGCAAGACAUAUUGGCCCAGGAGUCCAGUGCGGAUGAACCACCAGCUACCGUUAUACAAAAACCAGAGUCGACGGUCAUUACCGUGCGAGUUCUUCCGCCCAGCGAGUGCAUAGAGAAGCAGAUGCAACGCAUCGUCAACAGCCGUGCUGCUCCUAGUGCUGUCGUACCUAUCAGCACUCGGCCACAUCUUUCCGCGUUUCAGCAACAUACGCGCAAUCGGCUAUACCGAGAGAAACUCCAGGCCAUGGCGUCCCGAGUGCACGAGUUGCGUGUUAAGUAUUACACUGUGAGUAACCAGACAAAGGCAAACAAAUGCUAUUCCAUUGAAUGUUGCGUGGCAGGUGGAAAUAGCAACUCAUCGAUCUCGUCUACGCCCGUCUGCUUUUCACCUCUUUGCCGCCAGAAGCAUGCGUUGAGGGAAGAACUGCACGCACUGCUUAAGCAGAUGCAAAUCCUGGAGAUUCAGCACAGUAGCGCACUAGCUGCCAAUGCAGCAAAUGCCGCGGCCAGUGCCUCUGGUGCUGCUGGUACAGCCUCUGCGAAGUCUAUCUUGGAGCAGAAGCUAACGGAGGCAAAGAAGGAAAGCUUCGAAACAUUGUUCACAAACUUCUCGAUACAUCUGUUUAAAUCGAUGAAUGAGGAUUUGGAGCGCUCCAAAAGAACUGCGCACGAUUUCGAUGAAGAGUUGUUAGCAAAGUUGGUCGGAAAUGUUGCGCCCAAGGUGGAAGCGGAUGACGAUAAGGCUGCGAUUAGUGAGCAUGAGGCGGUUUUGCUUGAUCCAUCAGUGAGUGUGAAGGAAGAAGUGGUGUGCAGUACGGAUAAUGCAAGCGAUACCACCUUGCUCGAUGCGACUACCACAGAAUUGACCGAUGAAGCUGCCCCGAAGGCUAUGGAAAUAGACAAUGAUGCUGAAGGGGGAGAGGGCAAGAUUGGAUCGAUGUUGAAUGAAAAUUCCAAUUCUGUGUCCUCGGAAGAACCGGCUAGUAGUGUGGUGGGCGCAGAGCCUCGUACAACGCGUGGUCGCAGCGGGCGUACGCGUGCCAGUAAGACUGCGGAUGAAUCUGCCGCUGCUAACGGAGAUAUCAAACCAAAGGAAGAGGUACUAGACAAACCGGCGCCGUUAGAAAGACCGAUAGGAGCACCGCCAGGUUAUCCGGCUGUACGUGCGCCGAAUCGCCGCUUUGGAUGUCCAUCGCGUUGCGUUAAGAAAGAGGAACCGGAAGAGAAAGAGCAAGCCCCGGACGGUAGCGUCAGGGUGUAUUCCGUGGCAAACACAAAGGGAAAAGUGUACUUGCGGAAGACACUUCCGCCAACGACAUCGACAUCAUCAAAGGCCCCUGGGCUUGAUAAACCCAAGGAAGGAAAAAUUCCUGUGCUUGGCAGCGGCAAACCACGGUACCCUGUUGUGAACUACUUCCGCACGAAAAAAGGCAAUACCUCCAUCAUGGUGCUGCCACGUGGUGAGCUGCUGAAGCUAGCAAAGAACGGUGGACGCCUGCAAGUGAGCGGUUUCCAUCAUCUGGCAAAAACAAACACAUCGGUCUGGCCGUACCCAUGCUCACGACCUCUGUUCAAAACCUGCUGGUUGUAUAGGACAGUGAAUCUCACCACGCUGGCAGCUGUCGGACUUCAGCUCCGCAUAUUUUGGACAUGUUUCCGCUGGGACGAUAUGGCUAUGAAACCCCUCACCGCUGAUGGCAAGCAUCAAGUGACGACGGAAUCUGAGAUCAUGUCGCUCGAAAUAUUGCGCCAUCGUCAUGUGGGUAUGUUCAAUGAAAGGCUACAGUACCUGCGAAGGAAGGUUGUCAUCCCACUAGAAUUGCCGAAAACUGCGAGAGCCGAAGUGCAAUCCAUCCGAUCGGGUUUGCGCAAGCGGAAGCGUGCUGAAUCACCACAGCAAACGGAGCCGCAGGUCUCGGAGGAGUGGAUAGACGAAGAUAAAUUGGAACUCUGGGAGGUGAAGCUUUAUGGUGAGAAGCAAGAAAGGCUAGCUGCUGCUUCCGCCCAACCUGUUACGCGCAACAGCACUGGCAAGCUUCCUGUGAACCGACAAAACGACACAUCUUCAACGGCCGGCGUAAGCGCAAACAAAUCGUCGACUCCAUCCACUUCGUCGUCCACUGUCAUUUCGACCAGAACUUCGCGAGAAGAAAUCAACGAAAAGAUGGAACAACAGCUUCGGAUUCAGCGUGCUGCUCAUAAUCAGAAGCGUGCGCUUGAAAUGAAACAGCAGGGUACACCCAAAACAGCUACAGGUGGUAUUAUUCAUCGUAAGGUUUUGGUGAAGAGUGCGGAUGGUACAACCAAAAUCAUUCAUCAAGCUAUCCCAGCAUCGGCUGCUGCACAAUCGCCGAAACCCCAACAACCCGCCACUCCUAAGUCGGAAGUGACGCAAAAGGUGCAGAUCAUUCGUGGUCCCGAUGGGAAGGUCAGCGUACGCGGCCUAAACCCAGGCCAACAGUUGAUACAAACAGCCGAUGGUAAUCUGCAUGUUUUGAGCAACAAUCCAAAUACACCUAAGCAAACGAUCACGAAGGUGGGUCAGAAGGUACUGAAAAUCGCCCAACCGCAGGGGUCACCCACUGUGGCAGCUAGUGGUAGUUCCGGUUCCGGCCAAACACAACAAGCUCCUACCAUUUUGAACAAGGGCGUUGUUGUGCGGGCUGCGGCACCUGGCACACCGACAACUCCUCAACCGAUAAAGCAAGUUGUACAGCGACAAAUUCUACACAAAGUACAAACAUCAGCCAGUCCGGCUACGAGCCAACAGACGACUGUUCAGCAGUUAGUGUCCUCAACGACGCCACAGAAAAUUGUACUCAACAGUCAAGCCGGUCUGCAAAAGGUACUAACAACCGGUGGACAGUUGUUAACCACCACCGGUACAACGGUGCAGAAGGUGGUGACACAAUCGAACCUGCAGCAACUGUUGCAGGGCAGCGGCCAGAAGGUGAUUGUGGAACCAACAGCCGCAGCAGCAGCAGCUGCCGCUGCUGCCUCCUCUAUAUCAGCUACUUCCACUACACAAACACAAAAGGUACUGGUAGCGACUACCCCUGGACAACCGCCGAAGCAAAUAUUAAUUCAGAAUGCCGGAACAGCUACGCCCGGCACACCGCAGCAGAUUAUAAUGACUCAUGCCGGAGGCCAGAAAGUGGUACAGCAGAUUGUAACCAGUCCUGGUCGACAGAUCAUGAUCGGUGGUCAGCUGAUUACUUUGAACAGCGGUCAAAAGCUGGUCACCAGUACCCCAUUGCAGCUGCAAACGCAGCCAGUGGUAUCGGUUGCCGGUGGCGUUGGGCAAAUCCAGAAGGUGCAGCAAAUUGUGAGUACGGCUCAACCAACGGUAGCCACUGCCACAAUCCAACAACCGCAGCAAAUUCAACUUCAAAUACAGCAACCCGCAGCGAUCGUGCAACAGCAAACGAUAGUACAAUCGGCACCACAACAACCAACUGCGAUUAAUCAAGCGCAAACCUUCGCUCAACAGCUGGCUAGCGGAAAAUUGCAGUUGGGUAAUGUCAAUGGGCAGCAAGUGUUACUGCGACCGAUUGGUAACAACCAGGCGCAAGUGGUUGCACAUAUCAAAACUCAAACAAACGGAACGGCUCAGAUCAUCCCGGUUGCUAACCUCACUGACGCCGCGGCGCAACAACAGCAGCAGCAACAACAAUUGCAACAACAGUUACAACAGCAGUUGCAGCAGCAGCAAUUACAACAGCAGCUACAACAACAACAGCAACAACAACAGCAGCAGCAGCAGCAGCAGCAGCAACAACAACAAAUUCUUCAACAGCAACAGCAGCAGCAACAGCAGGAACAACAGAUGAACAAUGCGGUUGAACAGUCAUUGCUGCAAGGCCAACCACCCGGUACGGUAAUCAAGUGUGUUACGGCGCAAGUAGUGCAUACUGAUCAGGGCCCACGGAUUGUACUACAAGGGUUGCAGGGUAGUGACUUCACUCCUCAGCAAUCGGCCCUAGUCCAUCAGCAGGUUAAACAGCAACUAUUGCAAGCCCAAGAAUCCAACGGUCGGCAAGGGGUAAUUGGUCCAACAAAAAUAUACCUCGCUAUUCAACCGGCGCAAAAUACGCUCGUCACACCCUCUGCUCAGCCUCCGCCACUAGCGCCAGUGCAGAUCAAGCAUGACACGGCCACAACCUCGAUACAGAUAAAUCAACAACAAGAAGCCGAUACGACGAGCAGCAUCGAAGCUGGCGUUGGUACCAGCAACGUUUCGUCAGAAGAAAUAGCGGCCGUCACCACCGCCGUAGAAGCUGGUGGAGCGGACACUAUCAUUCAGGGUACAAGCUGCAGCAGUAUGCCAGCGUCCUCGGUAAUGCUGCCGAAAAUGGUUGGCAGCCAGCAGAGCGCAGGUGUUAUCGAUGAUGGGAAACCGCGCAUCCUUUCGAACAUUAUCAUCAACGGGGCGAAUACGGGCAGUAUGAUAAAUCCGCUGGUGAAGAAAGAACUGAUCAUGAAGGUGAGCAACAAUUUGAACAAACAACAGCAGCAGCAACAACAGCAAGAGACGAUGACAAUGCAGUCAACAACGUCACAAUCAAGCGGCACAGACCCAGCCGCAGGUGAUAAUGAUCAGGGCAUCGGUGGGGACGGUAGUGCAGCUACCAACACGACGAAAGACUCCUUCAUAGUCACACCAGACUACAUCCAGGAAACCAUCAAAACUGCCCUCAAGCAGGAAAAUUUGAAUCCGGAGAUAACGGAAAAGCUGCUGAACCUGCAGCGCUACCAGGAGAAACAGAUGAGAACGGAAGAUAGGCCGGAUCGUACGAUUGCCCUGCAGCACAACUAUAGCAACAUGUCGGGUGUGCCGCGCGGAGAUUCGCAUGCACAUGGUGGCAGCAACCGUGUGCGGAAGCGCACGGUGCGUACCGAUGAUGAUGACGAUGAGUGGCAGCUGGACACUCCGAAGCGUUCCCGUCCGUCGAAGGCGGGCGGCUCAGGCGUAGGUCAGCUCCAUUCCCCCCACGGUGGCGAUUACGGUACUCGGGAAAGGAAGCAUUCCAGUAACGAAUCUACGGGUACACCCGCCAAAAGACGGACGGCCGCUACUGGACAGACGGUGGCCGCCACAUCUGCCCAUCUUACUCCGCGUAAAUCUCCGACCACCACCGGCAGUGGUGCUGUUGCUGCGGGAGACGUUGGGACACUUGGAAACAAACAAUCCGACACACAACAUUCCCCAGCUACUUCCCCCUCGGCGCUUGGUAGAAUGAGUAAGGGUACUGAAAAACGCAAAACAACAUCUGUGGCAUCGCCGCACACCACUAGUACUGUCACCGCCACUAACACUAACACGGAAGUCACCAGUCCCCAACAAAUCGUGUCACAGCGUCAGAGCAAAUCACAGGCACAAUUGAAUCGUCACAAGGAACAGUUAAAGAAAGUCAUUCUCAAGAAACGAUCUCAUCUCGAAAAGGAAUUGCAGGUUCAAAUACAAAAGGAACUCACCGUCGAGCUGCAGUCGGCCACUACUAAUGCGGUUUCGGCCGUCCGGGCGGCGUCAGCUACUACGACCACAUCGAGUGCGGCCGUUUAUUCCGAUCAACAGUCUCCGAAUGACGAGCAGCAACAUCAUCAGCAAAGGCAGCUACAACCGUUCGAACUGUCGCAACAGCAUCUGUCGUCUAGUAGUCGCCGUCAAGCAGCGGUUGCUUCUGCUAGUAAACUGCAGGACGAUGCCGGUGAUGAUGGUGGCGCAAAUAUGCUGCUGACGCCGCCCGGGGCCAGUGGCUCGAAGCAAGCGACGGAUAAGAGUUCCAUCACCAGUACGAGCACUAGACGAAAAACGAUCGCAACCGGCACAACGAACAGUGCCUUGCCGAAGGAACAUACAGCAGUAGGUUCCGGAAGGAAAAGCCAGAAACAUUCCACUCCCGCUGGAUCCAAGGGUCACCGGUCAACUGGUGGUCGCGGUGCAGGAGGACAAGCUCGGAAAGGCUCGAAAAAGAAUAACAAAAUGCACUGCAUCUGCCAAACGCCUUACGACAAAUCAAAAUUCUACGUUGGUUGUGAUUUGUGUAACAACUGGUUCCACGGUGAUUGUGUGGGCAUUAGUGAGGAAAAAUCGAAGGCCAUAACGGAGUACGUUUGCGACGAGUGUAAGCACGCGAGAGAAACACAAGAGCUCUACUGUCUCUGUCGCCGACCGUACGAUGAAACACAAUUUUAUAUUUGCUGUGAUAAGUGCCAGGACUGGUUCCAUGGGCGUUGCGUGGGCAUACUGCAGAGUGAGGCGGAAUACAUCGACGAGUACAUCUGUCCCAACUGUCAGAUUAAUAAUUCGGUCAACUUUGCCAACAUGAAACCACUCAGUACGAAGGAGUUUGAAAAUCUGAAGGAACUGAUCACCGAGAUCCAGGAACAUAAAAGCGCCUGGCCAUUCUUGGAUCCGGUUGACCAAAACGUGGCUCCCGAUUACUACCGUGUCAUAAAGGAACCGAUGGAUUUGCAAAAAAUUGAGAGCAAAAUAGAAAACAGAAGCUACCAGAUGCUGUCGGAGUUUAUCGGCGACAUGACCAAGAUUUUCGAUAACUGCCGGUUCUACAACCCAAAGGAGUCGGCCUUCUUCCGUUGUGCCGAAAGUUUGGAGUCCUUUUUCGUUGCAAAAAUUAAGUUUUUCCGUGAAAAUUUGGUCGACAAAAAGGAGGAAGGUGCAGAUGGUGAUGGUGCGAUGACGGCCACGGCCACGACUGUUGGGUAGUUCCCACCGAUCCAAGGGCGGCAUCCCUCUGCAUCCACCUUAUCCAACUAUUUGUACAAACUGUCCCGUGUUGCAGUGCAGUAGAAGGGAAUGGUCUAGGGACCGUUCAUGUUUGCCUGUUCGACAAAUGUCCUUCUUACUCUUCUAGGCCAUGAUAGCGCGAUGAUGUGCCCCUGCGUUGGCUGUUUUUAGAGUGUGUGCUGGUUUGAUAUACAGGCACACAACUGUUUAUAUUAUCAGUUAGAUAUAUACAUAUAUAUAUAUAUUUGGUAUUAGCUACCAAAAAACAAAAAAAGCAAAAAGGAUGGGUUAACACAUAGGAUUGUUACUAAAAUAAGUUUUAUUUAAAAUUAUCAUAUUUAUCUUUUAAACGAUGCAACGUUGAACAACGAAGGAGCGCUGGAAGGGAGGCAGAAUUUGUAUGAAGAAGUUAUGUAACUUGCUAGCUAUAGGGUCACAAAUUAGGAUUAUUUUAUUGGAAUGGUUAGAAUGACCGUCACGGAUUUGCAAUCGAAGCAAGCAAGCGAGAAUUAGCGAAUGUUGAACACCCGAUCUGCAGCAUUGUAACAACAACACCGUCAUAAUUUGGAUGAUUCGUCGUAGUGUUACCGUGCUGGCGACAAUGGAAGGACAAUCGAGAGGGAAUAUUUUCACUUGGACAACAAUUUAGUUUCCCCUCCUUCAUGUAUAAGUUUUAGUGUAUUUAAACAACCUUUUCUUUCUUUCUUGGUAAACGAAGGACAUCUAGUAUGUACAGGAGUGAACAGAAUCUUAUCAUAAGUGCUUUUUUAAUGUACGAAAUGGAGUUUUAAUUGUGUGCAAUAAAAAAAUACUAUGUUACAGCUA